CAAUGGUCGUCUGGUCUGCCCACGCGCGUGUGUUUGUGCUCAUUGUUUGUUUGUCAGCUGUUUAAGUUGGCACAUGUUGCACGCAUUUUUGUCAUCGCAUUAAAUUUUUGAAAAAUAUACUUUUUUGUAUAUGCGCGUUUAUUUUUGGCCACAUAUGUGCCUCAUAAAAGUGUUUUAAAUAAAUAAAAACUGUGCCAGCUAAUUGUCUUGCACAAUGAAUGCCAAAUAUGAGAACAUGAAAAUUAUAUAUAAUCGCAGUAAACUUGGCUGGUAUUGGGCACCACUGUUUAUAGCCUUCUGGCUGGUGCUCUUCUACUUGGUGGUGGUGCCCAGUUUUCAUUAUAUGCCACCGCUGAAAACGCAGCAGGAUGAGCUCAAACAGCCAGGACAAUUCAUAGGCGAACGUGCCGAGAGCACGCUGCUGCGUCUCUCCAAGAUUGGGCCCAAGGUGGUGGGCAGUGCGGCCAACGAGCAAACUGCAGUGCAAUUGCUGCUCGGCGAGAUUAAUGAUAUUAUCCGCAUGUCACGCGAUGAUCUUUAUGAUAUUGAAAAGGAUGUGCAAAUAGCUUCGGGUAAUUAUUUGCUCUGGUCCAUGGUGAAUGUUUACCAGAGCGUGCAGAAUGUGGUGGUCAAGCUAACACCCAAAAAUACAAGCAGCGAAGCAGCGCUGCUUAUCAAUAGUCACUUUGAUACGGUACCAGCCAGCUCCGGAGCUGGAGAUUCGGGCAUGAUGUGUGUUCUUAUGCUGGAGGUGCUGCGAGUUAUAAGCAAAUAUGAAACGCCGCUAACACAUUCGCUCAUAUUUCUGUUCAAUGGCGCUGAGGAGAAUCCGCUGCAGGGCUCGCAUGCGUUCAUUACGCAGCAUCCCUGGGCCAAGAAUGUGCGCGCUGUUGUUAACUUGGACUCAGCUGGCAGCGGCGGACGCGAAAUACUUUUUCAAUCUGGACCCGAUCAUCCUUGGCUCAUGAAGUAUUAUGGCGCUCAUGCGCUGCAUCCGUUUGCCUCCACCAUUGGCGAAGAGCUAUUCCAAAAUGGUUUUAUACCCUCUGAAACAGAUUUUCGCAUAUUUCGCGACUUUGGUCAUAUACCUGGUUUGGAUAUGGCGCACACUCUAAAUGGCUAUGUUUAUCAUACAAAAUACGAUCGUUUUAAUAUUAUACCACGUCGCACCUAUCAGCUUACUGGUGAUAAUAUGCUAAACAUUAUAAAAGCGCUUGGCAAUGCACCCGAACUGGAAAAUCCUGAUAAAUACGCUGAAGGCCACAUGAUCUAUUUCGAUGUGCUGGGCUGGUUCUUUAUAUAUUAUCCCGAGUCAGUGGGCGUUAUUAUAAACAUUUGCGUCUGCGUGCUUGUGUUGAUUACCAUUGUGGCUUAUAUCUGGAGCAUGGCUAGUAACACGGGCAUGUUUAGACGUCGCAUAUUUGCCAAAUUUGCCAUUUUAGCUGCGCUACAGCUGGCAAGCGUUUGUCUUUGCAUUGGUCUGGUUGUCUCCAUAGUAUUCUUUUUGGAUGGCCUUGGUUUGUCGAUGUCCUGGUUCUCAAAUGUCUGGAUGGUAUUUGGCUUGUACUUUUGUCCUAUGUUCUUUGGUUUGGGCAUAUUGCCAGCUAUUUACUUUAGUCGCACCAAGGAGCAUGGUUUACCUUUGGGCUAUGGCAUACAGCUGCUAAUGCAUUCGCAUUGUUUAAUACUGACUGUGAUUACCAUAUUGAUGAUUUCUUAUAAUAUACGCUCGGCUUUUAUACUGCUUAUAUGCAUUGCCUUCUAUACGCUGUCCGUCUUGCUUAACAUGGCUACCUGUGCUCAUAAAACAAACUUUCUUUGGCUUAUUUUGCACUGUCUUUGCCAAAUAUUGCCCUUUAUGUUCUACACCUAUUGCUGCUAUGCUUUCUAUGUCGUCUUUGUGCCCAUGCAGGGACGUGAGGGUGGCAGCAAUCCGGAAUUACUCAUUGGCGGCUUUACGGCUAUAAUGUGCUUACUCUUCUCGCCAUUUUUAAUACCUCUACUGUGUCUCUUCCGCAAAUCCAAGACUCUUAUAUCACUCUUUGGCAUCUGCACUGCAGUAUUUUUAAUAUUAGCUGCUACACCAGUUGGUUUUCCCUAUGUGGAAAAAACAGCAACGCAACGUUACUUUGCUGUGCACACUUUACGCACCUUUCACAAUGCUGAUGCUGCUAGCACAAUAAAUCGCACAGACUCGGGUUACUAUGUAUUCCCUGUAGAUCGUCAUUACGAUUCAGUGGACAGCGUGCUCUUUGAUGGCACCAACUACACCAAGGCAGAUCGUAGUGACUGCAACACAGAACUUAUGUGUGGUUUUCCUAUUUAUAGCACACGCUGGCUUAAAGCAAUGGAUAACAGCUAUUGGGUACCUGGGCCUGCACCCAACAAAGAUCAUCUGCCCAAAGUGCGCAUUAUAAGCAAGGAGAGCACUUCAUUUAACAAUAUUAUUUUCACCUUGGAGGUAUCCGGACCCGAUCACAUAAGCAUCUUUAUAGAACCCUCAGCAGAUGCUAUGCUUGUGGAUUGGUCGUUUACCAAAGAACCCUUGGAAAAGAAACUUAAGCCGCCAUACUAUAUUUACUGGGGUUAUGCUUUGGAUCCCACACCGCUGCGUUUUAAUCUAGAAUUCGAGCAUGACAGCGAUAAUUGGUCAGGCUCCACAUUCAAAAUUGCCAUAAUGGGUCAUAGAAUACAUGACGACAUGUUUAUCAAGGAAGAUUUUCGUGAAUUUAUAUCCAAAUUUCCAAGCUGGACGCAUGUUAAUGCUUGGAUUGGUUCCUACAGCAGCUGGCAGUUCUAAAAGAACUUAUCUGUGUGACCCUAACUCUAUAUAUAUACGAUAUUAUAAAACAAACACUACUCAUAAUUCAAAUGUUGCCAUAACAUCUGAACUGUUGUUAAGUUUUCAUCAUCAUCAUAACAUCAAACAUAACAAACAUCAUUUUAACAUCAAACGCAUGCACAUCUCGUCGUAUUAUGCACAAAAUUUAAACGAACAAAUUUUAUUUAAAUUAAAAA